GCCGUUGCGCAGCACGGACUCUUCCGGCGGCGGACCGGAAGCGGCCGAUUCUCGGGCUGAUCGAAUGGCGGUCGCCGCGAUGCUGAGGUCGCUGGCGCUCAAGUUCCUCCUGACGGAGAAAUGCUACGAGGAAUUCUUCCUGGAGUUGAACUUGCUGGACGUUCCCUGCCUGAAACUUCUGCUCAGCAAAGUCCUGGGACUGUCCAUCAUCGCAGGAUCAGUGAUGGUCAAACUCCCGCAGAUAUUGAAGGUAGUGAGGGCGCGGAGCACGGAGGGCCUCAACUUUAACUCUAUCCUCCUGGAAGUGCUAGCCAUCACCGGCACCAUGGUAUACGGGAUGAGGAACUAUUUCCCCUUCAGCUCCUGGGGUGAGGCGUUGUUCCUGAUGCUGCAGACUCUAACCAUUGGCUUUCUGAUCCUGCAUUACAGUGGCCAGACACAAACAGGUGUGAGCUGUUUGCUGGUUUACUUCGCUAUGCUGAUCCUUCUGCUGUCACCUCUGACCCCGUUGAAGGUCGUGACCUUACUCCAGGCCCUCAAUCUGCCUGCAAUCAUGGUCAGCCGGCUGAUCCAGAUUGUGACCAACUACAGCAAUGGCCACACGGGGCAGCUCUCCGCCAUCACCGUCUUCCUCCUGUUCGGCGGCUCCCUGGCGAGAAUCUUCACCUCAGUGCAGGAGACGGGUGACCAGCUGAUGAUUCUCACCUACCUGGUGGCGUCUUCCUUCAACGGGAUCAUCGCUGCCCAGGUGCUGUAUUACUGGAGGGCGUCCGUGGAGAAAACCCGGAAAAUGGACUAACCCCCGGGAUUACCGGGUCCUCGCAGCCAGCAAGGGGGAGGUGGUGGUGGUGGUGGUGGUGCGCGUGUUGCUGGACACAUUCCGAUUCGGGACCACCGGGUCACGGGCUCCCCCUCCCUCCCUCCCCAGCCCAGAGUGAGACGGUGAUCCGUCUGUCAGUCGGCAGGAAUGAUGGUUUUUUUUUGCACGCCCCGGGAGUGCUCGUGAUUAAAUCCGGUUGUGGAUGA